CACUGCGACAUUAACAGCUGAACUUGGAAUAAUCUCUCCUUUCCUUUGCUGGCACGCCUGAAACUACCGAAUCUUGAUCAACCAAACCGCCGCAAAGAUGAUUGAAGAUAUGGUCGAGCUGAUUUCUAAAUAUUGUUCGCCCGGGCCGCCUGCAAUGCAACAGAUAGAGAGCAAGGAUCCCGACAUUCUUCAAUACUACCACGAAUGGGGAUUCAACAUCUAUCGCACAUAUUACGGCCCAGGCUCCGACGAGGCUUGGAACGCGCUUCUAUAUGCUCUGAAACACCAGACGAGACUGGCAUUCGGAUAUUACGACGGUCGAGAGGAUGCAGAUCAACGCCACGUCGAUAUACUCAAGAACUUGUUCUAUCUCAAUGCCCGUGCCGAUAAGUCUCUACUAGAUGGGCUCGAUGCCGAGGGUAUUCGCAAAUUCUGCCAGCACGAAAACACGGAUAAGAAUCGAGUCAUGUCAGAUAGCACGCAUGGCUAUAUAUUACUUGCCGACGAAUCAGUAUUGAAAGAUGUUUCUGAGCGCGAGUUUGUCGUGAAAGCGGUGUCCCUGAACUGGGUACGAGGGCAUCCGGGCUGGGGAUGGAUGAGGAUCCCAACAGGGUAUCUGUUGGAUCUAUGGCAACUACUGAUGCUGAACUCGAUGCGAACUGAGUUUGCGAUCGACUUCGAUGGACCUGAAGAGGAUCUUGGUGAUUAUGUCUGGCCUGGGGAUAUGGCUGUCAAUAAUACAGGGUCUUAUUCUGAGAUUCGCCGAUUUGGGAAGCACUACAGUGGCCAAUCCCCCAAUCGUUCGGAUUAAUGCGACAAGGAAGUUCAGAGGCUACGGUUGUAUUCAACAGUAUCUAUCUACCUAGAUUGUAGUAUACAACUAAGAUCAUACCC